AAUAGACACCCCCACCCCUCAUCUUACCAGAGGUAGCGUCUCUGUUCUGCCGGUGCAUGGAAAAUCCCGCAAGCUCUAUAUUAUCCGUAUCGUCAUUCAGCCACGUCUCGGUAAAACAUAAGACGUUGCCGUUUUUGAUGUGCCGUUGGUAGGAUAAUCUUAACCGCAGGUCAUCAGUUUAGUUUCCAAUGAUUGCACGAUAGCAAGAAGAACUGAAUGGCAAUGAGAGUUUUCUCACUCGCCUACGGAUUCUCAGAAGGCUGCCCGAUCUGCACCCGCUUUUCCUGCGUCUUUUCUUCACGCAAAAGGCGUGGAUCUGGCCCUGUUCCAGUGAAAGGCGUGGGUCUGGCCCUGUUCCAGUGAGAGCAGGAUAUCCUUCUCGUCAGACUCGAUAAAGGGAAAAGUUUCUUCCAGUUCGCGGUGAGUCAUCGUUGUUCUCAUGUCCAGAAGUUAUUUUCUGGCAUAAGAGACAGUCGCAGCAACAUUAUGUACACAAUAAGUAAAAAAAAAUAUUUGUGAGUUUUUACUGCUAUUCAGUGUUAUUACCCCCUAAUGCAGUACAGGGUCUGUGGAAUAUGAGUCACUGUUGAUAAUGAAUCUAUUAGAGGUGAACUAUGGCCAUCCAUUGAUGAUGAAUCUAUUAGAUGUGAACUAUGGCCAUCCAUUUUAGGGAUUCAUAUUUUACUGGAAAUCUAGUAAAUAUUUAUACCGGGAAUAAUUAUAGUUGAUCCGCAAGAGUCCUGGGAAAUACCGCAAAAACAGGAAGUGCACAUUUAAAUAAUUUAAAACCGAGGCAUAGUCACAACAUUAAAAUCCAUCCGUUUACAUGCCGGGCUUAGCCACCAUCUAUUUGUGAACGUUUAUACCGUGCUGACACAGUUGAGCCACAGUCGGAUUAUUGCAUUCGAGACCUGUGUAAAAUUGCCUCUUGUGUUAUGUUUAUUUUUGUCUGCAUAAAUAAUGACAGAGGGCUCAGGACUUUGUAAAAAAAAACAAAAAACGAUGAUACAUUUAUCUUAGAAAAUGAACUUCCAGGCCUAAAUGAAGUGCAGUAACAGUGUAUAUGCCAGGCUAUGACAAUAGCCUAACAAAUAAUAAAAUAUAUUAUACCAUGGCAUUGUUGUAUAUUAUUUUCCGAUUGGCUUGAAGGGGAUUCUAGAGCGUGCAUUAUGUCCCUUUAUAAACUGGGUGGCGAGAGCCCUGAAUGCUGAUUGCCUGACAGCCGUGGUAUAUCAGACCGUAUACCACGGAUAUUACUGCUCUAAUUACCUUGAUAACUCGUUUAUAAUAGCACUAAGGCACCUCGGCGAAGGCUGUAUCCAGGUGUUGCGUUGUGCUUAACAGCCCUUAGCUUUGGUAUUGUAAUGGCUCGAUCUUCUAAACACAGGGUCGUUACAGUUUUUUGGCCAUAUACCCCUACCACGGUAUAUUUGGAAUUCAAUGGCUAUUACUUCAUUUUUUACAAGUUUUGUUUUAGCUGCUUUUUGAAAGCAAAAGUCGAAUUGAAAACCCUAUUUGUUUUGUUUAAUUUGAUUUUCAUAAUAGCAAACUAGGACGGAUAGUUUGGUCAACUAAACUAGCAAGUCUAUGGUUACCACGGCAACGACUGUAGCUAUCUAGUAGACUUGCUAGCUACUUCAGUGGAUGUUGAACACAUUUCUAGUGGCAAAUGUGUUAAAUUAUAGCCAUGGUUUUAAAGGGAUAGGACGUUAUGCUUCUGUGGAAAAUAAUCAAACUCAGUAGGAAGCAGGUGCAGAAGGAGCGUUUGAUACAAGGUACAAAAAAAGAGACCAAAACAGGAGACGCGAACUGAACAUGAAAACAAACCAACACUGUCUGAUGACUGAGGCUACAGAGGGAUAAAUAAAGAGAAGAUAAUCAAGGUGAUGAUGAAGUCCAGGUGUGCGUAAUAAUGGUUGCCAGGGCCGGUGGAACUUGGAGUGCCUGGUCGGUGUUGUGAAUGAGGGAGUCAUGGCAGACCACACCCCCCCACUGGAGUCCGGCCAGAUACUCAGCCCCGACCUCCCGCUCCUCGCCUCGCCUCCCCCUGCCAUGGUCAACGGAGAGGGACCUCAGCAGGUAAUCCUGGUGCAGGUGAACCCAGGUGAGGCCUUCACUAUUCGGCGAGAGGAUGGUCAGUUUCAGUGUAUCACAGGCCCUGCUCAGGUUCCCAUGAUGUCCCCUAAUGGUUCAGUGCCUCCAAUAUAUGUGCCUCCUGGAUACGUUUCACAGAUCAUAGAGGAGAAUGGAGUACGACGUGUUCUGGUCUUACCUCAGCAGCCAGAGUUCCACCCUGGGGGCCACUCCCCCCUGCACCACCCCCCUCCUCCACCCCACGCCCACCUGCCCGCCUUCAUCCCCCACCCCGCCAUGUUGCCCCCCCCACCCCACCUCUACACAGGCAUGGCGGGGGGUGUGGGGGACAUGAGCUCCCAGUAUAUACCACAGUACCACCCGGCACACAUUUACUCAGAGCAGGUCUCGGCAGAUUCUCAUUCCCCACAUGGACGCCCGCCGCCGUUCGUCCACCGCGACGAAAGGGCCAGCAAGACCUACGAGCGUCUGCAGAAGAAGCUCAAGGAGCGGCAAGGGGGAGAGAGAGGAGGAGGAGGUGGUCAGAUGAAGGACAGCCCCCCUCCCUCGCCACAGAAGAGUCGAAGCACCCCCCCCUCCAUGGACAGUAUCUACAAUGGGGUGGUUGGAGGAGGGAAGGGGCUGGAGGCUGAACUGGGACAGGGACAGACCAGCACCACCGCCAAGCAGAUGGAGAAAGAACCUGGAGACAUGGAUAAAGAGGCUCAGCUCCUACAAGCCCUGUUGAACACUGUCAGUAAACCAGUGGUGACAGACAUCCAGGCCAAAGGGGCAGUGUUGAGCUGGGUGGCCCCCAGCAGGGCAGAGGGAGAGGGGGUCAGCCCCUCCCUGGAGCCUCUCAGUUACGAUGUGUCCAUCUCCUACAGCGGCAAGGACGGGAAGUACACCAGCAUGUACAGUGGUGAACAACUAAGUGUAACUUUAGAAGACCUGAGGCCAGCAACAGACUACCACGUCAGGGUCCUGGCCGUGUGUUCAGGGCAGUGUUUACGCGGCAGUCCGUCCGAGGCAGUAGCCUUCACCACCCGGAGCUGCGAACCAGACCCCCCCUGCCCCCCCAGAAAGGCCAGUGGCUCCAAGAGCAGCACCCUCGUCCUCCAGUGGAAGGCCCCGUGUGACAACGGCUCCAAAAUCCAGAACUACACGCUCCAGUGGGACGAGGGGAAGGGGACCGGGGGUUAUGAGCAGUGUUACUAUGGACCUCAGAAGCAGUAUCGAGUCACCAAGCUCUCUCCAGCUUCAAGAUACUCCUUCCGCCUCGCAGCCAAAAACGACAUGGGUAUAAGUGAGUUCUCUGAGACAGUGGACCUGUAUACCUCGUGCAGCGUACCCUCCCCGCCCCUCCCUCCAGAGCUGGUGAAGGCAGGGGUGACCUGGUUGUGUCUGACCUGGCAGAGACCCUCCACUUCCCCCAAGGAGGACGAUAUCUUCUACAGCCUGGAGAUGGAUGAGGACGAGGGUUAUGGCUUCCAACCCAGCUAUGAUGGUGAUGAGCUAUCCUGCACUGUCAAGAACCUGCACAGGAGCACCAAGUACAAGUUCAGGGUGGCAGCCUACAACACUGAGGGGAAGAGUAACCCCAGUCAGGUGGCAGAGUUCACUACCUGUCCAGACAGACCAGGAGGACCAUGUAGACCUGUCAUCAGAGGCAGGGUACUGCCCAAUUCCUUCAGACUGGCAUGGGAACCUCCUAAAGAUAAUGGAGGGGCGGAAGUGACCAAAUACGUGGUGGAGAUAUCUGAGGGACUAAGCGGUGUGUCGUGGGAGCUGGCGUACAGUGGUCCAGCCAUGGAACAUGUGUGUGAGGGGCUGAAGCCAGGCCACUCCUACCAGACCAGAGUUUACUGCAUGAGUGAGGGGGGGCAAAGCCCACUGUCAGAGACUCUGCAGGUCCAGACUCCCGCGGUGCCCCCAGGGCAGUGCCAGCCGCCCCGCGUGGUGGGCAAGCCCAAGGCCAGAGAGGUGCAGCUACGUUGGGGACCGCCGUGUGUGGGCGGUGGCAGCCCGGUGUCGGUCUAUAGUGUGGAGGUGUGUGGCGCUGGUCCUCAGGGGUCAACGGGUCAAGAGGAGGUCAGGGAGGUGUACCAAGGUUCGGAGGUCGACUGCACCGUGGGUAGUCUGCUGCCGGGACGGACGUACAGCUUCCGCCUUCGGGCCGCCAACAAGGCUGGGUACGGACCCCUGUCAGAGCAUUGUGAGGUGACCAUGGGCCCCGGGGCUCCAGAGCCCUGUAAGGCCCCUCACAUCACCUGCAAGUCCCCUACUGUGGCUGUGGUCAGCUGGGAGGCUCCAGCAUGUAACGGGGGGGUCAUCUCAGAGUACCGUGUGGAGUGGGGGGCAGCGCAGGGCACCAUGCAGGUGUGUUUCAGCGGUGCCAGCCUCACCCACGAGGUCAAGGGACUGCUGCCCGCCACCAACUACUUCUGCCGGGUUCAGGCUGUGAACGUGGCUGGCGUGGGUCUGUUCAGUGAGGCUGUCCUCUGUCAAACUCCUCCUUCUGUACCUGCGGCCGUCAGCAGCGUCCAUGCCCUCAAAGAGGCGGAGCUACGGGGAUACCACACCUCCACAGACCAGGAGGAAGAGGAGGAAGAGGGGGAGGAGGAGGAAGAUGGACCCCGCACGCCUCCUCUCUACUCCCCCUCCACUUGUCUAGCUGUUGGUUGGGAGCCGCCGUGCGACCACGGGGCUGAGAUCUCCUCCUACCUCAUAGACCUGGGAGAGAGACAGUCCAUCUCUGUCGGACCAGUCACCAAGUAUAUCAUUCAGCAUCUGCAACCGGACACCAGCUACAGGAUUCGUAUCCAGGCUCUGAACAACCUAGGAUCAGGUCCGUUUAGCCACACCUUCAAGUUGAAGACCAAACCUCUCCCUCCCCAGCCCCCCCGGCUAGAGUGUACUGCGUUCAGCCACCAGACCCUCAGGCUGAAGUGGGGUGACGGACCGGCCAAGGCCACGCCCUCAGACGCCCUCCAGUACCAGCUGCAGACAGAGGACAAGAGAGGCAGGUUUGUCUCCUUGUACAGAGGGCCCUGCCACACUCACAAAGUCCAGCGACUCAAUGAGUGUACCUCGUACAUGUUCCGCAUCCAGGCCUUCAACGAGGCGGGCCAAGGUCCCUUCUCCACGGUUUACACCUUCACCACCCCCCGCUCGCCGCCCGCCCCUAUUAAAGCUCCCAGAGUGGAGCGUGUGGAGGACAUGUCUUCAGUCUGUGAGGUGAGCUGGGAGCCCCUGCUGCCCAUGAAGGGAGACCCCAUCAUCUACACGGUGCAAAGCAUGAUGGGUAACUCUGAGUACAAACAGGUGUAUAAAGGUUCUGCUACGUCCUACCAGAUGCCCGGCCUGCAGCCCAACAGUGAGUACCGCUUCAGGGUGUGUGCCAUCCGCCAGUGCCAGGAUGCUCCAGAGCUGAGUGGUCCCUACAGCCCCACGGUGACGCUCUCCCCCCAGCGCAGUGAGCUGUCAGCGGGCAGUGUGAGCAGUGUGGGCCCCCGGGCUGGAGCUGACCCCGCCAGGCCCUUAACAGAUGAGCAGUGGGCUGCUCUCAUCAUCAUGCUCUGUGCAGUCAUCUCCAUCCUCAUCGCUUUCAUCAUCCAGUACUUUGUUAUCAAGUGAGCUUGUAUCUCCCUUGUUCUUCUCCUCCGUCUCCUCCUCCCCAGUUCCUCCCUUCCUUCUCCUCCAAGCUGCAGGGUUACAGCUUUAAUUUCCUGUUGAUGUUGUAGUUUAUUUCUGUUGUCACCUCUGGGUGAUUAUGAUUAGCACCGGUGAGGGAGUCCAGGAGGCAGGAAGUCCAGAGGAAAUGAUAGCUUCCUGUCUUCCCCCUCCCUAACCUCCCUUUACAGAAGCCUCUCAAUGUUUAACAAGAAGACACCGCUGUGUUUCGUUACCCUGCACAGAGUAGAGUACCACAUUAUGAGUCAUAAUACCCAUAACACCUAGAGGUCGAACAGGGAAAUGGUUCCAAUUGUUUUUUUUUCCACAUAGUGGAUUUUUAGAAACACUUAAAAAUAAGGGCUGUGUUUGCGUGGAGGCUUGCCCUGUUGUGGCGUUUUGAUAAAAUCUCUUUCAGACAAAGUGACUUUCGUCAAUAUAUUCACCCGUAUUUACCCUGCAAAACUUAAAUGCUAAUUAGCUGCUAAUGUGGCUAUCAUAAAGAACUACAAAUACCAUGAUGAUCUGGACGAGACUGCCGAAUCGAAUUAACGAUCUAUUGUUAGCUCAAUGGAGUAAUGAAUAAAUUGGCAAAAAUAAUAAUAAUAAAUGGACUAUUCUGACAACUGUCUUGUGCCAGUUUUUUAAGUUGACACAAAACACCUGUUAGCUAAGGUGUCAGCUAGAGAUGACGUGCCGGAGCUUGCUGGGAUUUUGUCUACAUGGAUGCUAUUUAGCAUUUUCACAUCUGAGAGUAAAAUGGAGCCAAAAUAUAUUGAUAAAAGUCCUAGAGAAAUUUACAGGGUUAUCAGAAAUGUCCCGCCAGGCUAAGCCUACACAAAACACAGCCCUUCAUUUUAAGUGUUUCUAAAAAAAAUCCCCUAUGUGGGAAAAAAUGAACAGUGGAAAAACUAUUGGAACCGUUUCCCUGUUUGACCGCUAGGUGUUAUGGGUAUUGGCAUUGUGACAUCUCCACUGUGAGGCUCUAUACUUCAUUGUGAUUGGUUAACCUGUACAGAAUGGAUAAUGAAGGAGCAGGGUUUUACAGUUAAAAGAAAAAGUUCACUCACCAUGUACGUGUCCAAACAUAUAUAUGUAUAGAUUAUUCAUUUAUUUACAUCGGUGGUUAAAAGGGUUCCGGUAUGAAACUACGUUAGUAUAUAGGUUUAUAUUAUAUAGAAUAUGUGCUGUUAGGACCUGGGAUCUGAUUUGGCCAGUGUUUUGCACAGAAAUGCACGAUACACAGGUGUAGGUGUGCCACAGUUAAACAUGCUGGCUUCACGACGUGCUCGUGGGAAAUGGGAAGCUGGGAAAUGGUACGUCUGACAGGAUCAAUAAGAUUCAAGCUAGCUUUGAUAGGCUUGCUAACGUCGCUUAUAAUAAAGUUAGCUAGCUUAAGGUUGACAAAUACGGUCAGACUAGCUACAUUUAUCCAAAUUGAUACGGUUGUUAACUGUCAGAAACAAAUUUGUUUGUCAUUUGUUUUGGUUGGAAAAGGUUUUAAGGUCAGUGGUGAAACCUCUCAAUUCGAGUAACAUCAUUUUCUCAGAGUUUCCCCGCUUGUAAUUCUGACUUGAAGGUCAUUCAAGUGAAAUUUCCAACUGUGAACUAGGACCAUCCGAUAACUCCGAUUAGCAUGUGAACACAGCAACAGUUAGGAAGUAGCUGGGCGAGGGGGUGGGGGGAGGUCAGAUUUCAGGUGUACCACAGAGAUACCUAGGAAGGGGGAAGUGGCCACCACACCUUCUGUCGUUUAUAUAAAGGGUUAAAUAGACAGGAAGAAUAUAUAUCCAAUUCUUGUUUGCAUUAUAGAAUGUUCAUUUAGCACUUUCUAAUUUUGUUGAUGUUCAGAGGGGCGUAGGGACGCAGAAGUGGACUGGAGAAAUGGUAGUAUAUUUUUGUAUAGUGAAGACACAAGGGACAUGUUAGUUGUUGGAGAAGUUAAUCGCUCAGAAGUAGAGUUUAGGGGAAAAUAAAACACAUAAAACCAAACUAACACAAUGAUGAUGAUGAUGAAUAAUUCUAAUUAUUUUUACUAUCAUAUAGUUUAUACUGUAGCUUGUAUUCACAAUCAUGCAGAAUAUGUUGUUGUUGUUGUUGUUGUUCAACAAAACAUGUACUUCGCUUACUAUCCAUAUUCUCUUGUGUUUUUUGUGUGUGUUGUUUUUUCACUACUUCAUUUUGCACCUUAAGUGAAAGAGGAAACCUCGACUGAAUGUGUCUUGGUUUUGUUAUCCAUUUUUAUAGAACUGCGUAUUUUCAGAUUGUACAAGCCCUACUGGUGUUUUGGGUGUGUUUUAAAAGUCCCAGUACCUACCACAUGACGUGUUGUCAUAGUAACAACAGAUGUUUUUUUUUUCUCCCGUUGGUAUCAGACCAGUUUGUUGUUUUCAGAGGAUUAAAGAAAACAACAUAAACUUGGAUGCAUUUUCUUAAUUUCUCUCUUUUUUUUUUAUUUUUAAUUUUUUUUAAUUUUUAGAAAACACAAUUUGUUUUUUUUGUUUAUUUUUUAUUUUUUAGCAAUAUUGAUUUGAUGUUAUCUAACAUAUAAUACGUAUAAUAUUAAUCAUGAUGAAAUUAAAUAGUAGUUUUUUGGGGAGGAUAUCAACGUUUCUGAUUUUAUUUUUUGAUUUCUUUACAUCAGAGUCAUUCAUGUGAAUAUCUAUUUUUUUAUAAGAUUGAAGUAUAUGGUAUUAUAACCAGAGAAAAUAAGGAAACAGCUACGUAGAUAAAUAAUCAUAAACCAUAAUGAGUCAAAAACCACCGCAGAUCAGAACUGUGUUAACUCGUACUUCCUGUUGAUCUAAAGUUUGGCCUUUUUUUUUUUUUUGCGGACACACACUUCCUUCACGCCAUUUCACCCGGUGCGUGGUGCUACACGUCACGGGGCGGGGGGGGGGGUCGUAGAUUUUUUGCGGCGCCGUAUGGGGGGCACACGGUAUAGACCCAGCUGAGCACUCGCUCAAGUCUGGAUGGUGGAAUCUAUCCAACGCACCCGCUACAGGUUUACUAGUGCAGGGAGGACACGGCACGAAUAUA